AUGCCGCGCUGCUACCUCGUCAAGAAGGCGGCCACCAAGCACCCCGCGGGACCGGCCUCGUCGGGACGCUGGCCCUACCGAGAACCACUCAGCCCGACCGAGGCCGAAACGGCUCCCAGCCCACCGGCACAGACCUACGCGACCGACCACGAGCCCGGCCAGGACCACCACGCCGCCGACCAACAGCCGGCCGUCGUCACCUCGACUGCCUUUGGACGCGUCAGCCCUAUGGCGGGUUUCAUCCACGACUACUCCACGGGUCACCUGGCCAUUGGAGCAGAAAGCCUCGUGAGUCCGGAUCGCUGUGUGUACAGCUCGCUGCUGGAGCCACCGCUGCCAGUGCUACGGCCCCUGGACCCCCGGGACGAGCACCAGCAGCGGCCGCCUUCGCGUGUCCUGGACUUGAGCGGACCGGAGUUCUACUCGCGGCCUUUCCGGCAGCAGCCGUCGCUGCCUGCACUCUCGCUCCAGCCUUCGCACACGGGAGACCUCAGCCUGAGCUCCCCCUCGAGCGAAGGCCGACGCAGCAGCAGUCCGGCGUCCAGCUGCUCGUCGACCUCGUACAGCGCAGGCGGCACGGCACGGCCCUCAAAGUACAACACUGCCGUCACUGUCAGCUACACGUACGACGCCUUUUUCAUCAGCGACGGCCGGUCCCGGCGCCGCACCUCCGUGGCCUCCAUCUCCAGCGGAUGCCCCGUGCGACGCCCGGUCAGCGAGGACCGACCGCGCUACACGUGCGGCGAGUGCGGCAAGAACUACGCCACCUCGUCGAACCUGUCCCGGCACAAGCAGACGCACCGCAGCCCGGACUCGCAGCUGGCCAAGAAGUGUCCGACCUGCGACAAGGUGUACGUGUCCAUGCCGGCGCUGGCCAUGCACGUGCUCACGCACAACCUGAGCCACAAGUGCCCCGUGUGCGGCAAGGCCUUCUCGCGGCCCUGGCUGCUCCAGGGCCACAUGCGCUCGCACACCGGCGAGAAGCCGUUCGGCUGCGCCCACUGCGGCAAGGCGUUCGCCGACCGCUCCAACCUGCGCGCCCACAUGCAGACACACUCGGGGCUCAAGCACUUCAGCUGCGCCAGGUGCCACAAGUCCUUCGCCCUCAAGUCGUACCUCAACAAGCACCUAGAGUCGGCCUGCUUCAAGGACGGCUCCAAUUUAAACAACGACUUUAGGGAGCGGCGUUUGAGCCUCGAGGUUGCACAUUUCACACAACUAUAA